CACACCCACACCCACACCUAUUUGAAGAGAACUCGAAAACCAAAACCUAAAUCUUGUUCCAUUUAGGUUUUUCCCGGUGUUCGUUAUUGAAUAAUUAUAUAUUUGGUUUGCAAUUAAUUUCCUUUCAAUGAACUCUUGAUCUUAUGUUAGUAUAGAAACUACAUAGAGUUCCAAUACCAAAACAGACUUAUAACGUUCAUAUUGGUAAUUCGGUCUAAGGAGCUCUAAGUAUGAAACUUAUUUUAAAAAAAGAAAAAGAGCACGACGUAGUUUAGCGCACUCUACUAAUAAGAGCUGAAUACAUCGAAACUCUGAAAGCAUAUAUCAAGCAAACUCUACAUCUACCUAAACUAAAAUGUAGAAAUUCUAUUGAAAGCACUAGCGAAGUGUACAUCUUCCAAAACUGAAAUGAAGAAAUUGAGUAGAAAACAAGAGCGAACUCUACAUCUUCCUAAACUGUGUGCGAUUCGAACUUGAAAAUACAAAUUGUUAAAUAUGAGCAUUUAACAAUUAAAACAUGAAAUUUAAAUUAAUUAAAUUUUUGUAGUUUUCGAAAAAUAAAUAGUUUAAUUUGUUAACUUUAAUGUUGACUGCAGUUUAAAGUUUUAACAGUAUUUUAAAAUUUCAUUUUUACUUAUGUUCGCAAAUGAGAGGAUACCUCUACACACACUCACACGUAUACCUACAUAAAUCCACACUCAUCAUUGGGCAUAAUAAUAAAAUUGACUAUAUUAAUUAAAAAGAUAAACUUAAAGAAAAAAGAAAAAUAUUUUAAUAAUUGAAUCAUUCGAAUGUAGAGUAAAUUCUUUUUUUUUUCUUUGUUUUUAACAAGUUAAGCUUAUCUGAAAGAAAAAAAAACGCUUGUUACUUUGUCACUUAAAAACAAACAGUUGAUAAAGAAGAGUGUGUGAUAAUGGUAAGAAAAAAAAAACGUGUUUGAUAAAAGAAAUAUAUUAUCUAUGCUGUUGCUCUAAGAUUAAUUUCAAUUUUGCUAAUUAGAUUUUAAGUUUAUACUCAUCUUAAAUGCUAUGUUCUAUUUUCUUCAAGAGUGAUUUAACAGAUUUGGCUGUUUGUGUAAAAAAUGCAUGGAAAAAUUAUGGUCAUUGGUGGAAAUCAAUAACAGUUUUACAUGAUAUAAAUAUUACUGUUCCAACAGGAAUAAUAUAUGGUUUAUUGGGUCCAUCAGGAUGCGGAAAAACAACUCUUUUACGAUGCAUUGCUGGCCGUUUAGAAUUAAAUCGAGGAGAAGUAAUUGUAUUAGGUAAACGACCAGGUAGCCAUGGACAUGAAGUUCCUGGUCGCUCAGUUGGUUAUAUGCCACAAGAAACAGCACUUUAUAAGAAUUUUUCAAUAUCAGAAAUGCUUCAUCAUUUUGGUCGUCUUCAUAAUAUGAGUCGAAAAGAUAUUUUAGCUCGCGAAGAGUUUCUUAUUUCAUUUCUUGAUUUACCCUCAAGAUCAAGAAAUGUUUCACAAUUAAGUGGUGGUCAACAACGUCGUGUAUCAUUAGCAUGUGCUCUUCUUCAGCAACCUCAAUUAUUAAUUCUUGAUGAACCAACUGUUGGAGUUGAUCCUUUACUUCGAGAAAAAAUCUGGCGUCAUCUUAUAAAUAUAUCAAAAACAAAUAAAACAACAAUCAUAAUAACAACUCAUUAUAUCGAAGAAGCAAGAAAAGCUGAUCGCGUUGGACUUAUGCGAAGUGGAAGAAUGUUAGCAGAGGAUGAACCAUCUAGUAUUCUGAACAAAUAUAAUCAAAUAAGUUUAGAAAAUGUUUUUCUUCAAUUAUGUUAUCAAGAUCAAAAUCGAAUUCAGCAACACGUUUCACUGAAUCGAACCGAUGGCGAUAAAGAUACUGAUAUACCCAAUGAAAUUGACAAUGAAGAAGAACCUUCUAUCUUUCUUGAUGUAUCAAACAGUAGAAAUGAACGAGAACAUUUGAUACCGAAAAAGCAGAAAAGAAAAUUUGAAAAAAAUCCAUUGAUAAGUGCAAAACAAGUGGCAGCUGAUUAUUUCGUAUUUCCUCAUAUGCAUAAAAUUUACGCAUUAAUGAUGAAAGAUUUUACAGUAAUUAAAAGAAAUAUCGGUUUAUUGUUGUUUCAAUUUUUAAUUCCCGUUAUUCAAGUGUCACUUUUUUGUCUUUGUAUUGGUCGUAAUGCUGAACAUAUUCCAAUGGCACUUUAUAAUAGUGAAGCAAUAAAUGGAUUUCCAACAGGAAAUUUAAGUUUACAAAUUAUAAAUAAAAUAAAUCCAGAUCAAAUUCAUUUAACAUCAUUUGAUGAUUUUGAUAAAGCAAUUGAUCUUGUUAAACAAGGAAAAUAUUGGGGUGUUGCUGCUAUUCCGUAUAAUUUUACACAAGCAAUCAAAAAUAAAUUAUUAGCAUUUCAGACAGAUCCAGCUACAUUAAAUGCAUCAUCGCUUCAUCUUUAUCUUGAUAUGACGAAUCAACAAGUGUCAUUAACAAUGCAAAAUGCUAUGGUAAAUAGUACAGAACUAUUUUUAAAAGAAGUUUUAUCCAGUUAUAAAAUUGAUCCAUCAAUAGCUGACCCUCCAGUAAUACUAGAAACUCCUCUUUAUGGAAGUCUUGUUCCACGAUUUUUAAAUUUUGCUGCACCAGGAAUGAUGAUAUCAAUCAUAUUUUUUUUGGCAAUUGGUUUAACAGCAUUAAUAUUUGUUGUUGAAAAAAAAGAAGGCCUUUUAGAACGUAGUUGGAUUGCUGGUGUUACAACAAUUGAAGUUAUGUUUGCUCAUAUUAUUGUUAAAGUUUUUAUUCAAGCUAUUCAAAUUGUCCUUGUACUUGUUUUUAUAGAUUUUAUUUUUAAAGUUGAAAUUAAAGGUUCAGUUUUCUUAGCAGCGGCAUUAAUUUUUCUUACAGGACUUUGUGGAAUGAGUUAUGGUCUUUUAAUAUCUUCACUAUGUGAACAAGAAAUCGAAGUUAUGCAAGUUGCACUUGGAAGCGUUUUCCCUGUUUUUCUUGCCUCAGGUGUUAUAUGGCCACUUGAAGGAAUGCCAUCAGCAAUGCGUUUUCUAAGUAAUUUCAGUCCAGUAACACAUCCCAUUGAGGCAAUGCGGUGUAUAGCUGCAAGAGGUUGGUCAAUUUUUUAUUUUAAAGUAUGGUUUGGUUUUGUCAAUGUUAGCGCAUGGAGUUUGGGAUUUUUUAUCAUAGCUGCUAUUCUAUUUGCUCUUAGAAAAUAA